AUGCUCCUUGAAGGUCUGAGUGAAGAUAUCAGACGCCUGGCCAUAAUUGUAGGAGACAAUUCAAAGACUGCUUUGGAGAAACACCUCAGACUGACCAAGGAAGCGAUGUCUAGACAAGUAGCCGCCGCAGACUCCAUCAAGAAGGACUACGAUUACCUUAAAGGCGAAUUACGCACGUCGUCAGGUGGAGAACCACAUGAACAAGUCAUUACCACAAGCGCAUUACACCUCACUGCUAAAGUGAUCAAAGAACGGUACCUCGCCUUAUGUACGCGUUACUCACUCCUUCACAAGUGCUACGCUUUCCUUCCUGGCCAUCGAGAACAACAAACGAGUACUUCGGAAACAAGUAUGCAAAGAUUUGACGACUUGCUGCAGGAAAUGGACGCACAAAUGAAAGUAAUCGAGGACCUUGUCAAAGAGACAGAGAAGAGACGACACAAUGCAGAGGUGAAUCUUUGCCAAACACACUGUAGGUCCGAAGCGGACAAACACAUUAUAAGGAUACUUUAUGACACGCUGACUAGACGAGACGAGGAGAUCAUCAGCUUGAGUACUAUAAUUGCCACAAUGACUUCUAUGCAGCAAUCCCCUGUACAAAGUACAAGUGUGGAGUGCCAAGCAACGCCCUCUGUAACCACUGUUGGAUCUCAGACGGAACCAUGA